UCUGUUUUCUUCUUUUUCCUUUUUCUCUGUCCAAUUAAUCAGAACACAGAAAAAAAAAAGAGAGCAAAGCUUAGACUUAGGGUUUGUGGCUCUUGUACAAAGAGAGAGACACAGAGGAAAGAUGGUGAGAGGGAAAAUCGAGAUCAAGAAGAUCGAGAACGUGACGAGCAGACAAGUAACGUUUUCUAAGCGAAGGAGCGGUCUCUUUAAGAAGGCUCAUGAGCUUUCGGUUCUAUGCGAUGCUCAAGUCGCCGCCAUUGUCUUCUCUCAGAGUGGAAGAUUAUACGAAUACUCUAGCUCCGAGAUGGAGAAAAUUAUAGAAAGAUAUGGCAAGUUUAGUAAUAACUCCUUUGUGGCAGAGAGGCCCCAAGUAGAACGAUACUUGCAGGAGCUUAAGAAGGAAAUGGAUAGAAUGGUAAAGAAGAUUGAUCUUCUUGAAGUUCAUCACCGUAAGCUGAUGGGGCAAGGUUUGGGUUCGUGUUCAGUGGCAGAACUUCAAGAGAUAGACACUCAAAUUGAGAAGAGCCUUCGUAUUGUAAGGUCAAGAAAGGCUGAGUUAUACGCAGGUCAACUGGAAAAGCUAAAAGAAAAGGAGAGAGAGCUCUUGAACGAGAGAAAAAGGCUGCGUGAAGAGCAAAUUAGAGAAAGGUUGAUGCGACCGGUGGUGCCACUAACAUUACAAAUAUGUGAUAAGGGUAAAAGUACUGAAGGUGGUGGUUCGUCGGAUGUUGAAACCGAUCUAUUUAUUGGAUUGCCCGUGACUCGGCUAUAACAUAUUUCACACGUUCCGUAAAUUGGCUGAUCACAGUUUUUAUUACAAACAUCGGUUUGUAAUUGUACCUACACCACUGAUUCCAUAGUUUACAGUUUUCUGAGUGCUCUUGACCAUCUCUCAAUAUGUGUAUAAACAGGAAAUAAUUUGACAUGUAUAAGUUGUCACUUUAGACUCUUUAGUUUUAUUUUUCGGAAUAAUCAAACGUGACGGUUUUGUUUCUA